AUGGUGCACAGGGUUUUUACUGCGGGCAAUCUCGCAUUGUUUAAGGAAGGCUCUCCUUUUACUCAAGACCUCCUUCCUCCUGUUCCUCCUGUCUCCACCCCACACUCAACAGAGGGGGGCCCCUCUGGGGGCCCCCCCUCUUUGGGGCCCUCUGGGGGCCCCCCCUCUUUGGGGCCCUCUGGGGGCCCCCCAUCUGUGGAGCCCUCUGGGGGGCCCCCCUCUACGGGGCCCUCGGGGGCCCCUUCUUCUACAGAGCCUUCUGGGGGGCCCCCUUCUAUGGAGCCCUCUGGGGGGCCCCCUUCUAUGGAGCCCUCUGGGGGGCCCCCAUCUAUGGGGCUCUCUGGGGGGCCCCCUUCUAUGGGGCCCUCUGGGGGGCCCCCAUCUGUGGGGCCCUCUGGGGGGCCAAAGGGGCCCCCUUUAGGUGCAUGGGACUUGGGGCCCUCAACGACUUUCACGCUGAAUGCUGGAGACAUCCUUUAUAUACCCAGAGGGAUGGCGCACAGCGCAACGACUGGUGAUGAGCCGUCGCUGCACUUGACAAUAACAAUACCCACUGCGGAGUUCUCGCAUGGGGCUGCUUUCGGUGCUGAGGCUGCAUCAGCAGAGCAGCAAAGACAGGAAUGUACGCAGCAGCUGCACAAUGAAGUAAUAAAACAGCUCAGUUAUCAAAACCUCGUUGCUGCAAGUCAGGCGCACGGCAAAGAGUGA